CAGACAACGAGAAGAAGAAUUUCAACACUUUUGAUUUCUCAUCCUCACCCUUGGCUCGCUUCCACUCAUCAGGGGCAAGUACCAAAGGAUGCCACCUCGUACCUGCGCCCACUGCAAUGCAGCAAAGGCAGUACUCCGCCGACCCAAGACGGGUCUACUAGUCUGUCGAUCAUGUUUCUUCCUCGUCUUCGAGACCGAGGUCCAUGAGACCAUCUUGGCCUCUAACCUCUUCUCUCGCGGAGACAAGGUGGCCAUUGGCGCUUCAGGCGGCAAAGACUCUACGGUUCUUGCCUACGUCAUGAAGACCUUGAACGAGAGAUACGACUACGGCUUGGACCUCUUCCUGCUCAGCAUCGAUGAAGGCAUUACUGGAUAUCGAGACGAUUCGUUGGAAACGGUCAAGCAGAACAGUUCCGAGUACAACCUCCCACUCAAGGUGCUCAGCUACAAGGAUCUCUAUGGAUGGACGAUGGAUGACAUUGUGUCUACGAUCGGCAAAAAGAGCAACUGCACCUUCUGCGGCGUCUUCAGACGGCAAGCAUUAGACAGGGGGGCAGCACAGCUCGGCGUCGACCACAUCGUUACAGGCCAUAAUGCAGACGAUAUCGCAGAGACGGUCCUCAUGAAUGUGCUCAGGGGCGACAUAGCAAGGCUGUCACGCUGCACAGAGAUUGUAACACAGACUCCGGCCGGCGCAGGAGAGUCAAAGGGAUGCGGUGGCGGUGGUGGUGACCAGGAAGACGAGGACGAAGUAGACCCAGCAUCAGCAGCCGUAGAUUUCCUCGGCAUCAAACGCUCCAAGCCCUUCAAGUACGCCUAUGAGAAGGAGAUUGUCCUUUACGCCUACUUCAAGUCGCUCACCUACUUCUCAACCGAGUGCAUCUACUCGCCAAACGCUUACCGCGGGUAUGCUCGCGCGUACCUCAAGGACCUGGAGGCGAUUCGUCCAUCUGCGAUUGUAGAUAUCAUCCACUCGGGCGAGGCGCUGCCUGCCAAGGGUGCAACAAAGCAGGUCCAGACGACGUGCUCGCGAUGCGGCUAUCUGACGUCGUCAGCUGAUGGGCUUUGCAAGGCUUGCCUCCUGCUCGAUGGACUCAACAAGGGCGUAGCGGGUAUGGGCAUCAACUCCAAGCCCUCCAAGACGGCCAAGCUAGCCGCCACCAACGGCGAGGAGCAGAAGUCGCGGCCCUCGCCACAGACGCUCAGGGCGGCAGCUUCCGCCUUUUGA